GUCAAAUAAAUUUCCACAAUAUGGACUCUGAUGAUGCGGAAGAGGUAAAUACUCAUGUUGAGAAGAAGUACGUAAAAGAUGCCAAAGUCGGUGAGGGUACCUAUGCUGUCGUGUAUAGUGGUAGAAUGGUGACGACAGGACGAAAAGUGGCUAUCAAGAAGAUCAAAAUGGGUCAGUUUAAAGACGGGCUUGACUUGACGGCUAUUCGUGAAGUAAAAUACCUUCAAGAAUUGCGACAUCCUAAUGUCAUUGAACUUAUCGAUGUGUUUUCCCAUAAGACCAACUUAAAUUUAGUUCUGGAAUAUUUGGAUUCAGAUCUGGAACAGGUCAUUAAAGACAAGAGCAUAUUGUUUAUGCCAGCAGACAUAAAAUCUUGGCUGUUAAUGAUGCUUAGAGGACUUGAUCACUGUCAUCGCCAUUUCAUCCUUCACAGAGAUAUGAAGCCGAACAAUUUAUUAUUGACUAGUGGUGGUAUACUCAAAAUUGCAGAUUUUGGUUUAGCAAGAGACUGGGGGGAUCCAGGAAACCAAAUGACUUCACAAGUUGUUACUCGAUGGUACAGAUCACCCGAACUUUUGUUUGGAGCGAAAGAAUAUUCUUUUGCGGUGGAUAUAUGGGCUGUGGGAUGUAUUUUUGCUGAACUCAUGUUAAGAACACCUUAUGUUGCUGGCGAUUCUGACAUGGAUCAAUUAACAAAGAUUUUUCAUGCUUUGGGUACACCAAGUGAGAUCGAUUGGCCUGGCAUGAGUUCCUUGCCUGACUUUAUUCAGUUUAAAACAUUCCCUAAAGUACCUUUACGUCAAUACUUUACUGCGGCGGGAACAGAUGCUUUGAGUUUAUUGGAGCAAAUGUUGGUUUUCGAUCCAAGUCGUAGGUGGACAACGGAAGAAUGUUUAGGUCAUUCAUAUUUUAGAAAUACGCCAUUGGCUACGGCACCAGAGAAAUUACCAUAUAUGAAUACAAAGCGAGAUAUUGGACCCAGCGAGAGUUCGUCGGAUUAUAUCUCUGGGUUAAAGCGUAAAGCAAAAGAGGACGCUAGUAAUGAUAAUGCCAAAAUACCAAGAAAAUUGAAUUUUGCUGUUUAAAAUUGGCAUUGUAUAUCGCUUGUAUAUAAUAAAAGAUGUAUAUAAAGAAGGUGCUAAUUAGGGGUAAUUGCUUUUAAAGUCGUGAAGUGUCUAGCUGUUAUUUUACGUAGAAUUAGAAUGCACGAUUAAAUUGACAAGAACUUAAGUCUUCGUAAGGAUUACGUAUGAUUCA